GAUGCUGUUGCCCGGCGCCUGUAUCUGUGCAGCCAGACUGGGGUAACCGUAGUCACCGGUCCAUCAGCAGCAGUAGAGAAGACAGGGACAGAGGGGGACUGAGAAGGAUCUUCAGAAUCCCUGGAGAGUUACAUACGCAGUGAGAAGAUGACUCUGGCAGCCUACAAAGAGAAGGUCAAAGAGCUCCCCCUGGUGUCUCUGUUCUGUGCCUGCCUGUACCCGCAGACUGCAGACAAGCCUACAUACAAGGCAGAAGAUGCGGUGGACCUGGGCUGGUGCGUCAUUAAAGACGUGGAGGUAAUUGAGCUGAACAAGAGGACAUCUGGCCAGGCUUUUGAGGUCAUCCUCAAGCCCCCGUCCUUUGAUGGAGUGCCAGACCUCAACGCCUCCAUGCUGCAGCGCCGCGACCCGUCCCUUGAGGAGAUCCAGAAGAAGCUGGAGGCUGCCGAGGACAGGCGAAAGUGCCAGGAGGCGGAGCUGCUGAAGCACCUGGCGGAGAAGAGAGAGCACGAGCGCGAGGUGAUCCAGAAGGCCUUUGAGGAGAACAAUAACUUCAUCAAGCACGCCAAGGAGAAACUUGAGCAGAAGAUGGAGGCCAACAAGGAGAACAGGGAGGCCCUGCUGGCCGCCAUGCUGGAGAGGCUGCAGGAGAAGGACAAACACGCGGAAGAAGUGAGGAAGAACAAGGAGAUGAAGGAGGAAGCCUGCCGGUAGAUGAGUGGAGAAGAAGAGAAGAGAGCAAGAGCGGGACUGGGAGUUUUAUGAGUCAAAAAAAAAAAAUCUAAACAGUGCAGGAAAGAAAAAAAAAGCAACUCGAACAAAAGGAAUAGCGUUUUCAUAUUUGAUGUGUGCUCUAACAAUUCUGAACAAGCUGUACAAAGUUUAGCCGACUCUUGAUGUUGAAAUUCUAAAAGAAAUCUGUCUCUUUUUUUUAAAGGAAAGUGUGUGGGGGGGGGGAUUAAAACAAACAUGUGAAAUUCUUAAAAGAGGGGCGACAAUUGUUGUUUAGUGAGGAAUGAAAGCUGCAUCAAGGCAGGAGGAGGUAACAAUUUAAAUGAUAGCUCUCAUAUCUACAGUUUCUUCAGUCAGAAAGCAGGAAAUUACAACUGCCUGCAUAUUUUAGCAUCGCUAGCGGGGCUGUGUUUCUCCUGGUGAUGCUUUGUAUCAGAAGUUGUGACUGAAUUCUGCCAACUUGGCUGCAACACAGCACAACACAAUUUCUGUCUAAUUAGACUCUAACUAUGGAGUAAGUCAUCUAAAUUGUUACCAAGUAAAACAUGAAAAAUGUGUGAUGUGCUUAAAAGAAAUGGACCCACAGAUGUAGUUUAGCAGCCCUAGUGAGUCACAACCAACACAAGUCAAAGCGAAGAGUUUUUGAUUUACCGGAUAACACACACAAACAGGACAUAACACACACGCUUCUGCUGUUUCCCAAUGAAACAUUUAAAUUGAUUUCCCCAGGUCCUACAUGCUAAUUCUUCGCUGCACCGUUUUUGGGAUUGUUGGCUCUGUCUGGGGACGUCUGCGUGUGCCGAACUCAGAGAAUCUCACAAUAUGGUUUAUGAAUAUAAAAUGAAGAAUCAGGCUCUUGUUUCUUUCCACAGCGGGGAGGUGGAGUAAAAGAAAAAAAGCUUGAAAAGGUAUUCUGCCAUUGUCAGGCUCUUUGUGAAACUUUAACUGUAGUGUAGUUGUAGAUCAGUGACAUGCAUUUGAGUCUUAGAUUUAGAGCACUGAUUGCACUGUUAUUUCAUUAAGCACAACUCAAAAGCACAUAUGCACACAUGAAGGACAUUGGAAAUAUACAGUACAAACAACAAUAACACCACAAGGAGGCAAAGUAGUGAGUCACAGCAGUUCAGAAUUUGGACUAAUUUGGUUUUGAAAGGAUGAGUUGGGGGUUUCUGGCUAACCAGCGGCCUCACUUUGCUUUGGCAUGUGUCACUGUGCUCUGAUUGUCAGGUUAUGAUUUUCAAAGGGAAUGUAAACCUAAAAGAGUAAACAGAAAGAUGAAAUUUGCUCGAGUUGUUGAGUCAUACUGACUUGAUUGAAAUGUCUAAAAUAUUUGCACUGUAACCGGGGAGUUGUUACAUGGGGUUUGUACUUGCUGUAACUGUGUGUCGCUGUAUAUUUUCAAGGCUGGAUUGAUUGUAUUUAUUUGGCAUGGUCAGUAAAAACGGCUUGACUGAA